CUCCCUGAACCUCGAGUCAGCGGGUGUCUGCCUUGGCUGUCACCGCUGAGGUAGGAAGGCUGGCCGUAAUCAUGUCAGUCGAUUAGGAACCCCAGACGAGGGAGGCUGUACGGAAGCCUUCUGCGAGACAAGCCUGACUUGAGUUCGGUCAGCGGUGUGUGUCAGCUCGCCAGGAGGAUUUUUGUUGUUACCUGUUCAUUCCUCCGAUUUCGUGUGUGGAGUUGGACCUACGGCAGCAUUGACAUUUCGGAAAAUCGUGAUUGCACUUACGAUUUUUCUUUCUUUUCGGGAUAAACCCAAGCAUCUGAAUGCCUCCAUACAACAUUCAAAAGCGAGACUCGCUCAAGCUUCAGAAUAUAGCAGACAUGGAAGGCGAUCUUCGAAAUAAUCUCUCUCGUCAGGAGUUAAUCCGACAUCCUGACGAAGGCUCGGACCCUAAUGUGGUCGUGGUUCCUCGUCGUGACAGUUCCGAGGACGAUGGAAGUCCCGCCGAGAACCCCAGGCUGACGAGGACGCAGAAGACCACCGUGGCGAUCCUGUGCUUCGUCAACCUCAUCAACUACAUGGAUAGGUUUACUGUAGCAGGCAUCUUGAGCGACAUCACCAAGACGUUCGACAUGACCGAGUCGCAGUCGGGGCUGCUGCAGACGGCUUUCGUGCUCGUCUACAUGAUCAUGGCCCCUGUCUUCGGCUACCUGGGCGACCGGUUCUCCAGGAAGUACCUCAUGGCCGUCGGCAUCUUCUUCUGGUGCCUGGCGACGCUCGUGGGGUCGUUCAUGCCUAACUACCUGCUGUUCCUCCUGUUCCGUUGUUUCGUGGGUGUGGGGGAGGCAAGCUACUCCACCAUAGCACCAACAAUCAUCUCGGAUCUCUUUGUGAAGGACUUAAGAUCGAAGAUGUUGGCCGUUUUCUACUUCGCAAUCCCCGUCGGAAGUGGUCUGGGCUACAUCAUUGGUGCUGAAGUAACCAACCUCCUGUCAGACAGCCAUGGGUCAGAGGCAUGGCGCUGGGGUCUAAGGGUGACGCCAGUCAUGGGCUUCCUGGCCCUGUUCCUCAUCUUGUGUUUACUGCAGGAGCCCCCUCGAGGAGAGAGCGAAGGAGGCCAGCAUCUCCAAUCCACCUCCUUCCUGGAGGAUCUUGGAUACCUCUUCACCAAUAAGAGCUUUAUCCUGUCAACCCUGGCCUUCACCUGUGUGACGUUUGUGGCUGGGGCCUUGGCGUGGUGGGGUCCUUACUUCACCGAGCUGGGGGUCAAAGUCCAAAAGGAUCCAAAUGCCAAGGAGGAGAAUGUUGCCUUUGUAUUUGGAGCCAUUGCCAUGACUGCCGGUUUGAUUGGUGUCCCGCUCGGCUCCUUCUCUGGCCAGAAACUCCGAGUCAAAUUCCCUUUUGCUGACCCACUGGUGUGUGGUGUGGGUCUCCUCAUCUCAGUCCCGCUCAUCAUUGCUGCAAUGGUCUUGGCCGAGUUCAACACGAUUGUCUCCUAUGUUGUGGUGUUCUUUGGGCAGGUCUUCCUCAACCUCAACUGGGCCGUUGUAUCAGACAUUGUCCUGUACAUUGUGAUUCCCACAAGGAGAUCCUCAGCAGAAGCAUUCCAGAUUUUGUUCUCGCAUGCAUUAGGAGAUGCCGGCAGUCCAUAUCUCAUUGGUGUUGUUGCAGAGUCAUUGCAGCCAUAUAUUACUCCUCGCAAUACUACCACAAAUACUACUAUGGAGCCUCUAUCCACCACAACGCUAGAGUAUUUCAACUCUACAGAGGCCACCAUCACCACUACUGCAACUCCUAAAGUUGAUGACUAUGUGAAGUUUAAGGCAUUGCAGUACUCCAUGUUCCUGUGUGCCAUCAUAAACAUCCUUGGUGCGAUCUUCUUCUUCUUGAAUUCUUGCUUCAUUCGGAAGGACAAGGAGAAGUGCGACCAGAUUAUUGCAGGAGCCGUGGAGGACCGAGAAAGUACAAGUAGUAACCGCAGUCUCUCGACGCCAGAAGACCCUGAGGCUGAACAGACCCAGAAUCUCAUCACUUGAAGACAAUGAUUGAAUAGCAUAUAAGAAAUUACUGCAUCCAGAGGGACCAAAGGCUGUGCCAGUGUUGGUUGCAUGUGCCACCAUCUGGAUGUGUAGUGCAUAUCCUAAACCAAGUGACAAGACCAAAAAGACAUUUUGAAAAAGGGUUCAUGAGUGGGAGAAAACUUUUGAGUGGGCACACAAGACUUCAGAAAUACAUCUUGUAAGAAACAUUGAAGUCUUUUCAUAAUGGUAUUCUCCCAUUGUGAAAGUCUUGAUUGACUAGUGCCUAUUCGUGAUACUUUUUUUUUUCUCUUUUUUUUAAAUGAUUACUGAAAGAAGUCAUUAGCAGAACAUUGUACAACUUUGAAAUAUCAUGCUAUGGAAGUUCUUUAAAUUUGUAUUUUGAUAGUGCAAUAUAAUAAGUAAAUACAGAAAAAGACGCUCAGAGCCCAUGGAAGUGCCCAUGACUGUAGAUGCAUUGUUCAAAUCCCACAGAUCAUCCAGAACCUACAGUUUUUGAGUUCUUGAACUGAAUAGACUUGUGGCUGUGACUUUUUUUCUGCUUAGAAUUGUUCUCCAGUGUACAACAGUACUGAUGAUUUUCUUCCAUUGAACUGAAUUAGCGAAGCCUAAGUUUCAGGAGAUUACUAUGAAGUGAGAUCCUUGAAUUUAAGUAAGGAUAAUAUGGAAUGGGAAGAUGAGCGUAAAGUUAGUUGUAGUUAAGUUGCUUUGACUGUAGAAUGGGCACUUGAGGUUAUAUAUUUAAUGUAUGUACUCCAGUACCUUCCAUGGUGUACAGAAGCAUCCUGGAUUCUUAGGCAACUUUUCUUGUUUUGUUUUCCUUUUCUCAAUUAGCUUUCUCCAAUAACAAGAAAUAUCAGUAUCAGAUCUUAUCAUUGGAAUCAAUGUUUAAUCUCAGUGGAUGCAGUGUUGAAUAGGGUUUUGAUUGAAUUAAGUGGUCGUAAUGAGAUCUGUGGUAAUGGGAACUUAUGGAAAGGUAUGUCAGAAUGGUAUAUCAUAGCUACCAGAAAAUUUUUAAACCACUUAUCAUUAAAAGGUAAAAAUGACAUAAAAACUGUUGAAUUUUGUAGUCAGUGUUGUGUGUGCGUGUGUAUGUAUAUAUAUAUGUAUAUAUACAUAUAUAUAAAGUAACUGUUUAUGCACGUUUUUUUUUUU